ACCGCCUAUACCUAACAAAUCGUCGCUCGUAGCAAGUGAACGCACCGACGUAGCUCCAAGUGCUACGGACGUAGGCGCUUCUACAAGCGCUACGCAUUCGUACAGUAGUCAAAUAUCGAAUCGUGUAGGAGAUAAGCGAUCUACUGUCUUAUUAGCUACAGCACAAGUUGCAGUUUAUGAUAGCAACGGUAAGCGACAUAUAAUUCGUGUUUUAUUAGACAGCGCUUCUCAAGCAGAUUUUAUAUCUCGAGAAUGUUGCGAACGUCUAGGCUUUCAAUGGUCAAAAACAGAACCUACUAUUGUUAAAGGAUUCGGUGGAAUAGAAAAGGUUAUUCAAUCCAAUUCAGUUAAUUUUAAAUUUUAUUCUCGCUUCAAUGACGACGUUAGCUUCAAUAUUUCGCCACUCGUCGUUGACAAAGUGACAGAUAAAUUACCUACGGCUGUGGUAGAUACGUCGGUCCUAUCACACCUUAAGGGUAUCCCGUUUGCUGACGAAAGUUUCGGCGUACCUGAUAAAAUAGAUGCUUUAAUAGGAGCUUCCCUAUUCCCGCAUUUGCUUCUGCCCGACGACGUCCAUACGUCACGUCGCGACUCGUCGAUGCCAGUCGCACUGCGCACGGUCUUAGGUCUCGUGCUCAUGGGCAAUGCGCCUACGAUACCUACCGUGAAUACAUACUCGGCCUUGACAUGUUGUUUCGUUCAAGAGCCUCCCGCUAUUGACUCUAUAGUUAGGCGUUUCUGGGAACUCGAAGAGCUUCCUUCCGCUUCGGUUCAACAUCCCGACGAUGCUGAAUGCGAAGACUUUUAUACUUCGACUACUAUCCGUGAUCCUGUCACUGGCAGAUACGUUGUCGGCCUGCCAUUUAAAGAGGACGUAUGUUCCCUGGGAAAUUCUAUGGACGUAGCGAAAAAACGUUUCGCUUGCCUCGAAAGAAAGCUCGAAGCUUCACCUAAAUUGAGGUCAGCGUAUGAUGACGUCAUAAAAAAUUAUCUCGCGAAAGAUUAUAUAUCUCCCGCGCCUUCGUACGAUUCUCAGGAUCCUGUUCCUAUCUAUGUGAUGCCACAUACAGGAAUCCUAAGGGAAGACAAAUCGACGAAAUUGAGAAUGGUCGUAGAUGCUUCAUGUCCUUCCAGCUCCGGUCAGGCAUUGAACCAUCUGCUACAUUCCGGCCCUAAUCUACAGGGUGAUCUAUUUAAAAUAAUUUUAAAUUUUCGACUACAUGAGAUAGCAAUGACAGCCGAUUGUCGCGAGCAAUUUCUACAAAUAAUUAUGCGCGAAGCUGAUCGUCGCUAUCAAUGCUUCCUAUAUCGCUUUAGACCACAAGACCCUCUCGUGCUAUAUCAAUUCAAUCGUGUCUGUUUUGGCCUCACUUCGAGUCCAUACCAUGCACUGCGCACGGUACGACAGCUCGUUGAAGAUGAUGGCGCGAAAUAUCCGCUAGCGAGUAGCAUUGUGCUACCGGCGCUAUACAUGGAUGACGUUGCUUUCUCGCUUCCUUGCGAGCGUGAAGCAGUCACUGCGUCACAACAGAUGAUUGACUUGUUCAAAGGCGCACAGUGGGAUUUAAUCAAGUGGAAUAGCAAUUCUCGUGAAGUUUUAAAUCAUAUUCCAGCUUCGCACAAACUUCCUACUGAAGUGGAGUUUGAUAAAACCGUGCACCAUAAGAUACUUGGUUUGCAUUGGUCUACCGAAAAUGACUCGUUUUAUUUCAAAAUUUCCGUACCCGACGAUGUGACAUGCACUAAGCGCUCCAUCUUGUCGACUGUUGCCCGUCUGUGGGACAUAAUGGGCUUCGUUGCUCCCACUGUCGUGUAUGCCAAAAUAUUAAUUAAAAUGCUUUGGCAAUUAAACCUUGAUUGGGACACUGUAGCUCCACCACACAUCAUUAAGAUGUGGAGACAGUUUUGCGAUGAACUACCAGCCCUGAACAAACUUCACAUACCACGUCAUGUGGGCGUGACCGAAGGCUGUGAAAUAACCCUUUUGGGACUGUCAGAUGCUAGCCUCGAAGCUUACGGUGCUGUAGUUUAUUUGCACGUGAGUUCACCUUCUGGCAACACUGUGCGUCUUGUUUGCGCGAAAAGUAAAGUUUCGCCGACAAAACCACAUUCGAUCGCGCGUCUCGAGCUACUAGGUGGCGUCUUACUAUCGAAAUUGCUUCGUACUGUACAUGACAAUUAUGCUGAGCGCGUCCCAAUCAAAGCUACGUAUGCAUUUCUCGACUCAAAAGUCGCCUUGUAUUGGAUCAAGAGUUCUCCGCAUAGAUGGCAGACUUUCGUCGCGAAUCGCGUGGUUAAAAUAACAGAGAAAGUGCACCCCGCGAAAGACGGCAUAAUUCGCGUAGCGACCGUGAAAAUUUCUGGGAGAACUUAUCUCCGUCCGGUUGUUCGAUUAUGCCCUCUUCCAACGCAGUAAGCAUUAUAUAAAGCUUCAAGUUUAGAUAGUAAAUUAGCUUAUAAUUUUAUACCAUAUCCUAUAUAUAUUAAAUACUAACAUUCUUAAUGUAACUUAACUCGAUAUAAUAUUUCAU